AUGUCGAAAUCUCCUCAUCCUUCUAGCUGGGCAAGAGAUUCUGACGAAGAAGACCGUGUAGAAGCUAUUAUCAGGAAAACCGGUUGUUGGGAUCAACACAUUGCUGUGGUUGAUUGUAAAGGCGACAAAGGUGACUGGAGAGAGUGUCAGACCCAGGUGCAAGAAUUCAAAAAGUUGAAUCUUCGUAGUUGUAUUUCCUGUACCUCAUACACAUAUGUAAAAGUUGUCAUGUUUUUAUCAGAUGCCUUUGGAGAACUCGUUAUUGAUGAUGAGGACAUUGUCAACGACAGUAUAAAAUUCUGCACACCUGACCUAUACUCAGCUAACAUUCAUAGUAGCGGUUGGUUUCUCAGCCUACCAUCGACAAAGAAAAGAAAGAGGGAUGAAGAAAGAGAAAAUGUAGAUCAAAGAGCGGCUUAUUACUACCACAGAGGACAAUACGUCGAAGCUUUUGAGGAAUACGAGUCACUAUUGCACGAUUUUGAGCACAAUCGUACCCACUCUGUUGCAGUGAUCGAUUCUCUGAUUCGUUGUGCGUUAAAAAUUCCUUCAUUUUCCGAUGAAAAACUGUUAUCAUAUCUUCGAGAAUAUGAACGGAAUGCUCUCGAUGCUGACGACCAACUGCAAUACUUCAAUGCUCAGAAAGAUGUCUACAGUCGGAUUGGUGGCGAAGAAGCUGAGCGCAAGUUCAUCGAUGCAGUAUCUAUUCUGUGUGCCACUGUUGAUUUACCCGAGCACUGGCUUGCAUUUGGAUCCAAAAAAGAGAUCACGGUAGGAGAAAACUUCCAAGUUGGUUACUACGUGCGAGCUAUUAUGCUUCUCGAACGCCAUUUAAAACAAGCACACGGUUUCGUCAUUGAUACUAUACGUAAGAAGUUAGCCACUCUGAACGACAAACUGAUGUCGAUGGGUUAUUCAAGCGACAAAAUUCAUGAAGCUAGGCGGAGAAUGGGUGUUGAUAUAGUUUCUAAUGAAGAUGGGCUAGAAACAAGCGAAGAAUUACAGCGUCCUGUUCAUGAAUAUAGAACAAAACAAAUCGCUUUCAAGACGGCAGAGGAUUGCGAAAAGAUAGUAGCCGAUUUCAAGCAUAAAUUUAGGUGGAUGUUCAGUGGAUGUGUAUUGUAA